AUUAAAUGAAAUAAAAUAAAAAACAAAAACAUCCAAUAGCUCCUUCACCGGUCGGAUGUAAGGAGGCGGGUAAGCCGGAGCUAUUAUUACUACUAGUAUUGGCUUCGUGGUGGUGGUGGUGGUGGUGGUGGUGUUGGUGCUGCCCUUUUAUGCAGGGAGACAGAAUCGAGUCCGAAUAAUCUCUGCUCCAGAGUAGUAUCACCAACCGUGCCAGAGGAGAGAGAUCGCGGAUCAUCUGAUUCCUAGAAUGCCAACAUCGAGGGAGAUAAAUAGGGAUCGGAUUCCUUCCUCUCUCCCCUCUCACUCUCAUCCUUCACUUCCAUCCCUAUAAAGCCAGGCAUAAUUCUCCAGCCCACUCAUUCAUCACUCUCAUUAAAACAGUCACUCUUUUUUACAAAUCUUCUUCACAUCAUCCUCAAACGAAGCCAAAAUGCAGUUCUUCACCGUCGCCACUCUCUUCCUCGCCACUGCCUUCGCCGCUCCCUCCGUGGACACCAACGGCAACGGCAUCGCUCCUCGCCUGGCCGCCAACUUCUGCCCCCCUGGCCUGCUCUACAGCAACCCCCAGUGCUGCCAGAUCGAUGUUCUUGGCGUUGCUGAUCUCGACUGCGUCUCCCCUCCGUCUGGCCCAAGCAAGUGCAAGACUUUUGCCGGCAUCUGCGACAAGAUUGGACGCCAACCCAAGUGCUGUGUCGUACCUGUUGCUGGCCAGGCUCUCCUCUGCACCGACCCCGUCGGCGCCAACAACUAAACCUCUUGUCACAAGACCCGGUGAAAAUCGGGUCAAUCCAUCUCUCAUAUAGUACCGUGAAUAGGCCUUGUACAUUGAGCUCUCGUACUGUACUGUCAAUAACGAAUUCUGUGUUCGGCUUUUGGAUCAAUGAUGAAUGAGGAUAAUGGCGAGGGAGGGAAGGCAGAUGAAAAGACUAAUAUACGGCUUCACUUCAGUAUGCACGCUUUUUGAUAACACAUUAAUUUAGACAAUAUAAUGUUUUGUGCCUGGCAUAAUCCCCAGGGCUGGAAUUUAUACCGACCUUUUCCGCUCCUCUCCAUAGUUGACCAAAAUCUGUAUUACUCACC